CAAUCACAGGUAAUUGAUCAUAAUUAUAUUGUCAAUGAGUGUCCAAUACACUUCUUAUGUCUGUUAUGAGUAUUCUCUGCCAAAUAAUUGUCCGAUUCGACCAAAUAGUCCAUUUAAGGGGAUAUUUCAUGAAAAUCUGACUUUUUCAAUGUUUAAGUGCUAUAAUCGGGUCUCUGGUGCAUCUACUAACUCAGAAAACGUCAAAAAUAACAACCCAGUAACUUUGUUUAUGUGAACCAGAAGGCAGUGUGUAUGGUCUGUAAACACGCAUUGGGUGUGUCAUGAGUACUUACACUUAUAGAAAGCUGUAUGUUUGGUUUAUAACUACACAACUGGUUUGUCAUCCUUUCGCAUAUGGAUUACGUGACGCGUUUGUGGGAGUCUGUUCACUUAUAGACAUACCUGUCAACACUCUUGUUUAGGGAUGGGUACCGAAACUCGGUACUUUAUCGGUCUCGGGGCUAAAUUAUAAAAGACCGAAGUAUCGAUAAGCUCUGACGUUAACGGUUCUGCUGUCGGUACUGGAGAAAUUAAAAAAAACAUUUCCUAUUUAUUAUUGAUAAAUAAACGUUAACUAGCAUAUUUUAACUGACCAACCAUUUCUAAUUUGCGAUAAUAUUAAAGACAUUUACCUGCAUUUUCGUUAUUCGCAAUCUCGCACGCGAAAUGUCCGUCUGUCCCACACUACACAGAGCUCGCUCGCGUUUAAUAGUGAUGAUCGCGGAGAGAAUCAAACGGUUUAAAGUAUGGUUACAUUUCACUCGAGUGGAUGCAGAUGCUCGUUUCAACAAGUGCGACAAGAUUUUUGCUUGUAAGAGCGGAAACACAAGCAAUCUGGCAAUACAUCUUUCAAAAGUGAUUAAUGUGCAGACAGAGAAAUGCAAAGUUUUCGACUGCCUAGCUACUAUUUCAUCAUCCACGUCCUCAUGUACAUGUAUACUUGCCUAACAGUCUUCCUAAAUUCCCCGACAUAAACAUUGCAUAAGGUUUCUUUAAAUUAGUAUGAAAUCGUUUAAUAAACACACAUCACAUUAAAAAAUAGCCUACAUAUAAUUUUUACAGAGUAUUUUUUUCUGCGGUAGCCUAAUUAAAUCUUAAACAUUAAAAAUGCUUUCACAGUACUGCAUUUAAAAUGGAUGAAUAAUAAUAAAUUAUGCUUAAGAAAUAUAAAGCAGAGCUUACCUAAAAAUUAAUUUGUGUUGAUGAAAUAUAUUAACUUUUUUUGUGUGUACAUUGCAAGAGGUUCCAAACCUGUAUAACUUUUAAGCCUAAACAGAGUUACUACAUUAUGUGAAUGUAAAGCUCCAGUUACAGUGAACCAAUCCAUUCCAGCAUCUGGUCCAAUUAUGGUUAUUAUUAAACAACAACCAAAAACACAAACAAACGUAGGCCCACAUCCACUUUAUUUGAAUCCUCUAUGAAUAAUAGGCGGGUAUCAGUCAUCUUUUACCUGCAUUAAGAUAUGUUGGGUCAGUAAAGAAUGUUUUAAAUAGUGAAAACAACACCAGCUUUAGUUUUGUCUUUUAUAAAAAAACACAACAAAAAGUACCGAUAAGAGUACCGUUAAAGUACCGGAUCGAUAAGUGGUAUCGAUAAAAGAAGUAAUACCGUUAAAACCUUAACGAUACCCAUCCCUACUCUUGUUAGAAUCUCCCAUUUUCCACACCUAUCUUCCGCCAACCUUCCGUUUUGUUAUUUCACUCGUGAAACACCGGGACGCGAAAGCGGGUCACAAACCAGAAAGUGUUUGUGACCGGAACACCUUCACGAAUGUGUCCCUUCUUUCGUGGGUACAUUCACUUAUAGAAAGCAGUGUUAUGGUUUGUAAAUACGCGACCGGCUUGUCAUGUGUAAUUUUGCAUAUAGAAAACAUGGCGCCUUUGUUAGGAGUCAGUUCGCUUAUAGAAAAAAUCGUGUUUGAUGUUUAAAGACGAAACACAGCGUUUCUCAUUCGCUUUAUGUGACUCUUCUUUUGUCGAUGGAAGCACAGGCUUCAGCCCUGGCUGAGUUUUCUGCUGAAAAGGGGGUGGAGACUAGCAGCUCAUUUGCACUUAAAGGUUCUGUGUGUAAGUUUCAGAGCCCACUAUUUGCGAUGUAGGAAAUUGCAACCUACAGCUCCUCUAACCCCCUCUCCCUCCCAUUAGAGAAGCUACGGUUGCCAUCACAGGACAAAAGGGUUCCGUAAAUGAUAGCCGCCAUUAUCAGUGGUGUUGAUAAUUGCAAUCUACGUCUCACAGGCGAACAACAGACUGAAGUUACGGACACAGGACAGAGACAGUGUUGCCAGAUUGGGCGGGUUCCCGCCCAAUUGGGCUCCUUUUGGUCACGUCCGACCGGAAAAAAAUGCAUUGGGCGGGUCUUUAAAAUUUGGGCUGGUUUUUGAUGCAACAGGCGGGUUUUUAUUUUUGACUAUAAACAGUAUUCUUUAUUAUUUUUUAAUGAAAACUAACUAUAAAAUAAAUUAUAUAAUGUAGGAUGAUGUUUAAAUUAGGUAUGGUUCAGGUUAGCCAAUAAGGUUCAGGGGAAUCCUGUCCAAUCAGAUGUACAAUUCUGAUGUUUGAUCGUUUCUGAAACGUAAUAGCUGAUAUAGUGUCUAGUGACGAUUCAGUGUAUCAUUCAGUCAUUAUUUUAUUUAAAAUUAAAAGAAGGAAAAAACGAGAAUUCAUGUUGAUUCACCCAGUGGUCUAUAAGUUAAAUAAUAAUAAUAAUUUUAAUAAUGAUAAUAUAAAAAAAAAAAUUAGUUGGUAAUUAAGCACAAAUUUGUAAGUAGCCUACUAAUACAAAAAGAAAAGUAUAAUGAAAUGAUUUGAGAAUUGGCCUAUUAGAAAAGAACUGUAGUUCUGACAAUAGUAGCACAAGAACAAUACAAAAAUUUGUCCCCUUCUGAGAUUUCCGAUGUAGACCUUGUGUUUUAUUAAAAUUAUCACUUAUAUUAAAAAAAAAGAAAAAAAGAUGCACUGGAUAUACUUGGGGCGAGCCUGGUGCUCUCCGAUGUGCGAUUUGUUAGUCUGGUUGUUUAAUAAGAAAAAAAAUGGUGUGUUUUAUUCUAUAACAGUUUUAAUAACAGUAUGUAUUUUGGGCUGGUAUUUUUUUAAAUGGGCGGGUUUUAAGCUGUAGUUGGGCUGGAAAACUUUAGUCCAAUCUGGCAACACUUGACAGAGAUGUCGUCGUUUGAGACAGCAAAGGGUUACCUUUGCAAGUCAAGUGACAAGGUUUAUUUACAAAGAAAAAUAAAUAAAUUAAAUUUACUUAAUUCAUCAUUUACUGUAAUCGUUAUAGUGAAUAUUAUUGUUACUUGUUAACAUUGUGUCAGUGACUUAGUCGCUUAUUUUGCAUAGCAUUUUGGGGUAAUUUGGUUCGUAAUUUACAGCCUAUUGAAACGGCUUGCUAAUGCUAAAGCCGUGUAAUCUAACCGCGAAAGUCUUAGCAGACAUUUUUCUCAUCAUCACAGAGUCAAUCAGAUGACUUAACACAGGUAGUAAGAGGGAGAGGAUGAGGGCAGAGAGUUAGGGGUGUUGGAGAUGCAGGCAGGGCGAGGUGAGGCAGAGGAGCUAACGUUACCCGGGGGGACCGCACAAGAGAGGAUGUGAAAGCUAAGCAGUAUUAUAAUAUAACUUGCACCCGAUUUAUGCAAAUUCUGAUUGUAAACAUGAUUUCUAACUUGAUUUGCACACGGCCAUGCAACAAGGAGUUAUGCUACAAUUGCGAAGCACUAAAAAUUUACAUGGAAAAACGCUACUUCUCUUGAUGAUCAUGCUCAUCUGUUAGCUAAAGCUAUCAAACAAACAGUUCACUUAUAUUGCGGAAAUUAGACAAACAUACCGGUCCAGUAGAAAGCUGGCAACUUCGGCGUCGCUUAGCAAACCCGUUUCCUGCUUCAUGACCUCCUUUUUUAAAAGAUCCACGCCGAUGUUUAUUCAGGUUUUCUGCCGUUUUUUCUCUCGACUUCGCCUUGCUGCAUCGUAUUUUCUCUUUUUUUGACGACACAGAUUGACACUCUGUCGGCUCGUGUGCAGAGUAUGUGUGGUCCGCCAUUAGCACAAAUUUCACUUCUUACUGCAACAUAUAACCGUUUCUAUUUCUAAUAAAAAACACGACAAGAAAAUGUUAUUAUUGUUCUUUCUCUACUUCUGCUAAUCCUUCUAUGUAGUGGCUUUGCGAGCUGCCUUUGCAAAACACAGCCGAAGAAGAAGAACAUAGUCCCGUGCAUCCUUCCUUUUACGAAACGCCCUCAUUUUGUCCGUGUAGUGCUACUAUAGAAACAUGGCUGUGCAAUUUGAUAAAUUACAUGUAAGGGAUGUUCCCGCUGUGUAUAUACAAAAAAUGGCUCAUUGUAAGGUAAUAUAAACAUUUCGGUUCAUUUUGUAAGGUAUUUCUUCACCACUCGCAACAUAGUUUUGUAUUAUGUAUUACAUUUUGGUAAAUAAAUCCUUCAAAAUGCUACACACUGUACCUUUAAAAUGCUACACACUGUACCUUUAAAGAGACGCGCACCAAAACUUGGUCUUAUAAACAAUUGUUAUUGAUGUGGCAAAAGUAGAUUUUGCCGUUCAAAAAAUCUCUCAGACAAAGAUGGUCCAGGUGUCAAAGAGUUAACUUUAUUUGUUCGAAUCAAACUAAGUGAGAUGUUCCCCAGAGCAUGUGAAAAUCCAGUUCCUUCCAGCCUACCGUUAAAGCAAAACUUCUGAGAGGAGUACUCCUCAAAAACCAAUCAAGUAAAUUCAAGUUAUCUCUUAUUUUCGUUAUCCAAUGCUUUUGAUCUGCCACGUUUAUUUUGUAGGCAACGAGGUACGUAUCUAAGGUACGAGGUACGUAGUGGGCAAAAUUUAAAUAUGUAUGAAAUCAUCAAAAACUGCUGGAUCAUGCCCAAUACACAGUGGAAAAGUACCCAAGGUUACGAGAGAUAUGUCAACUUACUUUCCAACUGUUCCUAUGAAUACUUCUGAAUACGUUUUAGGUAUAAAUGAAUGAAUAGAAAGAAAGCUUUGAGAAUUUUUAUAUAAAUCCUCACUCAGCACAAGGUUAUCAUGACCUGUUUGUAGAUUGUAGUGAUAAGAAGAGGACGGAACAUGCCCAAAUUUGAUCCUCAGGUAUGAUUGGGGCCAGAAGUCUUCUUGAUACUGUUCAGUUAUUUCUUGUCCACCACAAUUACAUAAUGGUCAUCAUGUCCUGUUCCCCUUGCAAAACUCAAUGAAGAUUGUUUUCAUAGUAACGAGGCUAAACAUGCCCAAAUUUUUGGUCCUCAGGUAUGACUGGGGCCAGAACAUGUCUUCUUAAUACUGUUAAGCUAUUUCUCAGGGACAUAAUAACUGUGAUGUGGUGAAGACCAGUGCCCAGUGCAUGUAAAAUAUUUCUAAAUUGGUUUUUCUCAGGUAUAUAAUAACUGUGGUGAAGACCAGUGCCCAGUGCAUGUAAAAUAUAUCUAAAUAUGUCUUGUUUGUGCCCAAAAUCACUCAGAAAUUACACAAUACUACAUGAAAAAUGUUGCAUUGGGAACAACUGCUUUCCUAGCGAAAAACAAGUGACAUGAACUAUACAAAGCAAAACUACAAAUCAAUAUAUUUCGAAUGUGUUUUAAAACAAUUAAAACAUAAGGGCCUGUCCACAGCGGGACAAUAAUCACACGCACUUAACGCUAGCAUUUUUAAAGACGUUUUUCGGGAUUCUUACCAAAACGAUUUUCACUGGUGAAGAGCUGAGUGACUCCCUGACAUUAGAUGUUGCAAAAUGAAGAACAGAAUUACCCCAGUAUGCAAGAUGGUGUGGUGUGCACACACACAUUGGUGCCUUUUGUAUUUUAGUCACGAGGCGUUAAAGGUCCACUAGAAACAUGCCCUAUUAUCGUUCCGGUGUGGACAAGCCUCAUGCAAUCAAAAGUCAUCAUGCAAUCAAACAGGUUUUGCACAGCUUUGCUGUGAUUUAUCUGUGCACACCAUUAUUCUUUUCAAAAUUCAUAUGCCGAAAUGUUAAACUCCACUCCCCCAAUCAACUCUUCACCACAUGACGUCAGCAACAAAAAUGAGGUAGGAUUAGCACCAUUCACAGUUUUCGCAGGGCAUCAGUAUUAUCUGGAGACCUCCUGUGAUUUAUAACUGUCGGUAACUUAUGGAUAUCACCCAGCACCCAAAAUAAUACCAAAACACUUCAAAACAGCCUCCAUUAUUCGCAAAAGUGAAAAAAAACCUUGAAAAAUUAUAUAUAAGCCCACCAAAUCACAGAGAUCCCGAUUCGCACGGGCUUAAGAUCACAGACAACCUCUGCAAUUAAUACAUAAGACUAGAGGUCCCCAGUUAAUACUAAUCUCGUCCGAACACUGCUCAGGACACAUCAAGUGAUCUCUAACAACGCAUAGUGAAUUUUUUUUUACUCAGGUAAGAUUAUUGCGCCAUUUUUAUCAGAUCCAAUAUUUAACUACCUUCCCCCAGAAAAGCAUGAGAUAUCGUGAGAAAAGACACUACAUGAUGUGCUUGUUUAAAUGAAGUAAGAUACGCAUAUGCAUAAUCAUUCUCAUCAGCUAGCAUCAUCAUGCAUUCACAACAAUUCAGUCUUUUUUCUAAAUACACAGCCAAUAAUCCUAAAUAAUUUAACAGAGUAACUGUUAACUAUAGCACUGCUGACUAAACCCAGCUAACAGGACACAUGUGUGUUAACUUAACGGACUGUUUGGUCGAAUCUGACAACAAAUUAUUUAAUAGACCUGGUGUAGAAUACUCAUAACAGAUACAAGAACUGUAUCUGACGCUCAGUCAGAUCAAUUACCUGUGAUUGCCCGGGUUUUGACGGUCCACCUUCAAGUGUAUGCAGUGUGUCACGUUUUGAAAGACGCCAUCACCCACUUCCACUGAUUGGCUACCUAUGGAGCUGUCUAUCUAGAACUAAUGGACCAAUGUAAAUGGAUUGACAGGUUACAGAGAGUAAGAAUAUGUUGCGAGCAUGUACUAGUCCCGCUGGGCGUGUACAGGUCUCACUCUCUAGUUGGGCUGGUGUGGGACUGGAUGACAGAAGGGUCUUUAGAUUCAACACUGCAUGAGAAAGACCUGUUCCCAGAGCUUUCAACGGCUCUUUGCCUUCGGAUCCUUUUGGAUGUUGCUGAAGGGCUAGCUCACCUCCAUGCCAUUCCCCUGCCUCAUGGAGCACUGAAAGGCACUAAUGUCCUUCUGGACCAACAGUACCAUGCCAAGUUGUGUGACUGGGGUCAAGAGAUAGACUGGCAUUUGAUUAUGAACACCUCUGGGGGCUGUCGGCCAUGCUACAGAGACCUGGCCUAUAUGUCACCUGAAGGUGGUAUUCCUUCUGUGGAGGCAGACGUUUACAGUUUUGGGAUUCUGCUGUGGGAAACUCUGAACAGAAAGCGUCCGUGUGAAGGUAUGGAUCAACUUCAGGCCCUCUUGCUUUCUGCUCAGGAGAAGUUGGAGCUUGGUGUGAGGGGUGACCGACUGGAACCAAUGACCCUUCAGAAUCAUGUACUUACCCAACUCAUCAUAAGAUGCUUGCACAAUGACCCUAAAAAACGCCCAUCAGCUCAGGAGUGUGCAGUAGUUCUACGGAAAGCUGUGGAAGUGUUUGAUCCACAGACUUUCACUGAUGCUGUCCUACAUCUGAAAACAUGCAAGGAGAAGAAGCUGAAUUCAUCCUGGGAGUUGCCUUUUGAACUACAUAACCUAGAACAGAGCGGUAACUGCACAGGUACCAAAAAUUGGACCUCCAAAGUGAUUCCAAGAAAUGAAACUCAUUCAUCACAAAACCCCAUAUCCGAAGCAAAAGUUAAGGUUUCUGCGCAGAUGACAAGAUGUUAUCCUCCGAUUAGAUGCUAUGCUCAGAAUAACUCUGUCCAGGCUGGUAGCUCCUGCAGUGAUCAUGGUUUCACGCAGACUACUGGACAUUGUGGAAGCACCCAGAGACAGAGUCACACGUCUUUAAGUUCCCAUUGUGUUUCUCCCGCAACUCUGUAUCAGAGUACACUGCUACACAAUGCUGGCAACCAGGUUACAUGUCAAAUGUCAUUGGGAAGGAGCUGUUGCCAGCUUUUGCAGGAGAGAAGGGAGGUCAUUGUUCGUUUCAUGACCGAAGGCCGACUCAACAACUUGUUAGAUGUGUUGCAGUCCAGGAAGGCUGUAACCCGUGAAACAUACGAGAUCAUCACAGCAGCCCUGACCUUAAAUGCAAAAACACGCUGUUUACUUGAUAUCUGUUCCUGCCUAGGAGAAAAUGUUGCUAUUUUGGUGGCCACAACUUUAGGUCUAGUAUCCACCAAAAACACUCACGUAGGCUACAAGUGGCAGGCCGGAUAGCUUACAGUAAUGUAGUAUAUUAUAAUGUUACCUAAGCAUUAUAAUAUGUGAAGCCUUUAUCUUGUUUGGUCUGCUUUGGAGCAGAGAUAAGGUGAGGUUGGACCCUCUGAAAAGUUACGCUGCCAUGCAGUUUCAAUCUAUUAAAAUCUCAUCAAUUUAACAGUCAUGAAAGGUACUAAAGAUUUUAUUCAUUGUUUUCCAGUUCACAGACUGAAGGGAUUAAUUAUAUGCCUUUGAACUUGAUGGUCCGUUAAAGGGGCAAGCACUGUUUUGAGUACAUUCUUUUGUGGGUUUUUUUGUGUGGAAAGUAAAGAAAUAAGACCACAAUUACCCUUUAUUUUAAUUAAUGGAGGCAUACUUGGUGCAUACUUCUCACAUCACUGUUUAUAGUUAUCAUUCACACAUAUACUGUUAAUAUAGUUGUAGUUGCUUGGCCCUACUAUAGAUAAUAAAAUAGAGAACAGCUUUUUAGAAAGAUCAAAUUUUAUUUAUUUUACUUUGUGUACACUGCAUCUCUGAUACAAGGUUGCAAAUGUUUGUGAUGUUAAAAUUGUGCAUGUUGCACAACUGACUCAAUAGCUUCUGAUUGUAAAGUAUCUUGCAACAAGACCUUUUUUACUUUUAUUUAAUGGAAUAUUGGUUGCUUCUAUGUACUCAACCUAACCUGUUUCAACCAUGUUUAAAGAAAUUAAACAUUCAUGUAGACCAAAUGAAUGGUGUUUCCCUUUUUAAGAUAUAUAAUAUAUGACUUGUUCUAAGACCUACCACGACCUAACAGUGUCCCACUACAACUUCAUAAUUUGACUUAGGUUCUUAUGUAAGACCCAGUUCUUGGAACAGUUAUUAUUACAUAGGUGAGGAGGACAAUACCAUGUCACAUACCUCCUAACAUACUUAUUAUAAUUACAUAGAGGAUGUACACACUAGUUUACAGAUCAAUACACUGAUAAGGUCUUUGCUGUAAGGGCGUAAGCCUGUAAUGGGAGACAUGAAAAU